AUGCUUGCAUUCCAGUUGAGCGUCCCCCUCUGGCUGGAGCACUGGAUGAGCGUCAUGGACACGACCGAGCAUUCGGUCGCCUACUAUCUUGUCAUCUAUGCCGUCAUUAUCCUCGCCUACAUCGCGAUCGAUGUCUGGUUGACCUAUGUCUGCAACGUCAUUGCCUGUCUCCGCGCGUCCGUCAUCCUCCACGAGAAUGUCCUCGCCCGCGUCCUCCGUCUCCCUAUGGCAUUCUUCGAUGUCACUCCUCAGGGUCGUAUUUUGAACAGGUUCUCGUCGGACAUCGGCGACAUUGACGAAGUGGUCCCAGAGUCUUUCAUCUGUCUCCUGACCUGCCUCGUCAACUUUAUCGGCACUCUCAUGAUCCUCAUCUUCGCCACCCCAGCCUUCGCCUUUGUCCUCCCCGUCAUUGGUCUCAUCUACAUGAUCAUCCAAAAGUACUACAUCCGAACCUCCAGCAACCUCCGCCGUCUCGACUCUGUCACAAAGUCGCCUCUCUACCAGCAUUUCAGUGAAACCCUCAAUGGUCUUUCGUCGAUCCGGGCCAUGAACAUCAAGGACCGGUUUAUUGACGAGAAUGCGGUCCGGACCAACAAGUCUGCGACGGCUUCGUAUGCGUCGUGGAUGAUUAACCGUUGGCUUAAUGUACGGUUGGAGGCUUUGACCUCGGUGUCGAUCUUUUGUGCGGCUCUGUUGGCGGUUUUGAGCAAGGGCACGAUUUCGCCCAGUAUGGCUGGUUUGGCCCUCAGUUCGACUACCUCGUUGGCGUAUAAUGUCAUCUGGACUCUUCGCUCGUACUGCGACCUCUGCUCGGAUCUGAUCUCUGUCGAGCGCGUCCACGAGUACAGCAACAAGCGCACCGAGGCCCCAGCGUCGACUGGUGUCCAUCUCCCCAAGAACUGGCCUCAGCAGGGUCGUAUCGUCUUCAAGAACUACUCGACCCGCUACCGUGAGGGUCUUGACUUGGUUCUCAAAGAUGUUUCGUUUGUAGUCCAGCCCUCGGAGAAGGUUGGCAUUGUUGGAAGGACGGGCGCUGGUAAAUCGUCGUUGACCUUGGCUCUAUUCCGUAUUGUCGAGGCUGCCGACUCGUACUGGGCUCGUGCUAGUGCUCAAGAGAGUGACAGCACAGUCGACGGGGAGUUUGACCUUUCUACCGACCUUGGAGACGGUGGAGCGAUCGAGAUCGACGGUGUCGACAUUUCAACUCUGGGAUUGAAGGACCUUCGUCAGCACUUGUCGAUCAUCCCCCAGGACCCCACCCUCUUUGCGGGCACCGUCCGCGAGAACCUCGACCCCCUGAACGAGCUCUCAGACGCCGAACUCUGGCAAGCCCUGGACCGCGCCCACCUCAAACCCCACAUUGCCUCCCUGUCCGGCGGUCUCUCCUUCGAAGUGUCCCAAAACGGCGAGAACUUCUCUGUCGGCCAACGGUCCCUCAUCUGUCUCGCCCGUGCCCUACUCCGCAAGACCAAGAUCCUAGUCCUGGAUGAGGCCACGGCGGCGGUGGAUGUGGAGACGGACGAGUUGAUCCAGAAGACCAUCCGAACCGAGUUCAAGGACAGGACGAUUCUGACGAUUGCUCAUCGGAUCAAGACUGUGAUGGAUUCGGACAAGAUUCUGGUUUUGGACAAGGGGAGGGUUGAGGAGUUUGAGUCGCCAAAGAAGUUGAUGAAGUCCAAGGGGUUGUUCUAUUCCCUUGCUCAUCAAGCUGGUGAAGUCUAG